GAGGGGGAGGAGCAGUCGGAGUGGCAGCGUGGCCGGUUCCGGGGAAAGCUGAGCAGGACCUCACAAAUUGGAAAUGAAUUUAAUGUACCUUCAUAUGGAUCACUGAAUGGAUAAUAAAUGGCCCUUCCUCGCUUAACAGGAGCUCUCCGUUCCUUUUCAAAUGUCACUAAACAAGAAGAUUAUAGUGAAGAAUCUGCUGACCUAACAGAUAAAAGAUCCAAGUUACAAGAACAGCUGUGCAGUUCGGAUCUCACUUGGAAGAAAAUAGUAACAUUUGUUGAUGAAAACAUUACUAAGGGAGAGCAGCAAUCUGUACAUGGCGAUUUAAGGACACUUUUUCAUGCUGCCAAACAAAUAGUGGGAUCUGAGAAUGGAGAAGAAGCAAUUGAAAGUGGUGCUAGCUUCCUUUUUAAAACGCUUUACACUAAAGACUGUAUUGGUCGUGAUGAAACUGAAGCCAUUAAGCAGGUCUUUGGACCCUUUCCCUCUUCCUCUGCCACUGCGGCCUGUGAUGCCACCUGUCGGAUCGUUUCACAUUUUACCGAAGAACAGCUUGCUGAUCUCCUGCAGAGUUCUGAAGAGUUAAACAGUGACCCAAAGUUGUCCUUUGGCAGAAAUAUUGCAUUUUCUUUUGACAUGCACGAUUUGGACGACUUUGAAGAAUUGCUGCUAAACGGUGAAGUGGACGAUCAGAAAGUCAUUAGCUUGGAUUAUGAGAAAAUUUUUAAUAACCAGUUUGAACAUUAUCCAAAUAGCUGUGGGGAAAAUUCUGAUGCAAAGUCUUCUGGGAGAGUAGAUGACACUUUCCUGUGGUGUGAAGUUGGGAAGUAUCUGAAUGAUUCCUUACAAGGAAAUACCCAGGGCCCAACAAUGGAACAUCUUUGCUGUACUUUGUAUGAGAUGCUUGCCUCCCAUAAAAGUGGUGAUGAGCUUCAGAAUGAGUUGUUUGAAUUACUAGGACCUGAAGGAUUUGAAUUAAUAGAAAAGCUCCUGCAGAAUAGAAUUACCAUUGUGGAGAGAGCUUUCUCUGGGCCAAAUGAUUACAAACUACAGUCUUUACAAG